AUGGCCAAAAUCGACGUACCUCAGAGGGAAGACAGUGCCCAGGAUGACACCCGGGCCACCGACCUUCUUCACUACAUUUUCAGCCUUCCAAAUCUGGAGGCGAUUCGCGGCAACCCUGCUAAAGUCAUCGAGGCCAUUGAUGACUACAGCGAUAACUAUAAGUUCCUCAUGAACGUGGGAAUUAAUAAGGGGGGACAUGUUGUUUCCUUGAUCCACCAACAGAAACCCUCCACGAUGGUAGAGGUUGGCGCCUUCGUAGGCUACUCGGCGAUCAUGUUCGGCAGUGCUGUUCGUGAAUGUGGUGGAAAGCAAUAUUUCAGCCUUGAAAUUAAUCCAGUUUUUGCGGCAGUGUCAUCCCUAUUGGUCGAAUUGGCGGGGCUGGGAGAUUUUGUCCAGUUCUUGAUUGCACCUUGCAAUGUCUCCUUGGCGAAACUUGUGCAUGAUGACAUGCUCGAGAAUGGCCAGAUAAAUCUGUUGUUUAUCGAUCACUGGCAAAAGCGCUAUGUGCCAGACUUGUGGGUGGCGGAGCAGCUGGGGCUGCUCAAGCCGGGCGUGUCGACGAUCGUGGCAGACAACGUGGUCCUACCAGGAGCACCGGAUUAUGUUGAGUGGGUGACAGCUAGUACCGCAGAGAAGCGGGAGAAAUUGAAGACGGCCGAGACACUUAGUACUCUUAAAGCUGAUUCAUUGGCUGAUCAUAUCAAAAAAACUGGAUAUGGGGCUGGUAAAGUGAACUUGGAUAAUGUGCUUGGGAAUCCCAACCUGAUAUACGAGACCGAGUGUCACAGAUAUCCGUUGCUGAACGCCGAAGAUGCACUUGCUGUGACAAAGGUUGUAGGCCUGGAAAAAUGA